AUGUCUGGUUCUGUAAAGGAGCUCAAUGAUGUUGGCAAAGACCUCCCGACCAGAGCGGGGGACUUGGAGGCCAACAGAGAAAAGAACAGAUACCCCUACAUAUUGCCAUACGACCACUGUCGAGUGAGGCUGUCCAUUCAAAACUCCCAUCCACACACUGACUACAUCAACGCAAAUUUUGUGCCUGGGGGAGGAUCAGAAAGAGACUUCAUCUGCACCCAGGGUCCUUUGCACCACACCAUGGCCGACUUCUGGAGGAUGGUGUGGGAGCAAAACGUCAGGAUAAUCGUCAUGGUGACAGCUCUGAGACAUAAGGACAUAGUGCUGUGUGACAAGUAUUGGCCUCUGGAACGAGGGACAGUUUAUCACGGACUGAUCCAAGUGACGACAGUGACCCGUAAACAAGGUCCAGAUUAUUUUAUCACCACCAUUAACCUCAGACAGAGAGAUUGCCCAACAGACAGGAUAAUCACACACUACUACUACCCUUCCUGGCCGGAUCGGGGCGUCCCUAAAAAGUCAUCCUCACUCUGUGCCUUCACUGAGCAUGUGCGGCAGAAUUUAGAAGCCAUUCCUCGCCUGGGGCCGGCUGUGGUGCACUGCAGUGCAGGUAUUGGGCGGUCAGGGACAUUUGUGGCAUUGUUGUGGCUGAUGCAGCUGUGUGUGAGGGGCAUCCGGCCUGAUAUCCGGGCUGCUGUGGAGGAUCUGCGGUUACAUCGAAUGUGGAUGGUCCAGAAUCUGGAGCAGUACAUAUUUGUUCAUCAGUGUCUGCUACAUUGGCUCAGUGGAGGAACCUCAGCAUGCAGCCAACAAACUCAGGGAGCCAGUUCAGAUAUUAACCACCACAUUCAAGAUCGACCCCACAGCUCCUCAGCACGGGGGAACCGAGCAGGGAGGAGGAGACAUCACCAGUAUCGACAGACACCUCCGUCAGACCAACAACAGAACACAUUGCAGCAGAUUUUACACCCUGGGAACCUAUUGAGGAGGAUUCUGCCUUCCUCAUCACUGUUUAAUUCAGGCUCACACACCUCCUGA